AUGAAGCCGACAUCAUCAUUCAUUUUUCAAGUCGGUCUUGUUACGGCUUCCAUCUUUGACACAAUUCUACCAACGACCAAGGGGACUAUUACUAGUGACCCGUGGCAAUGCGCUACUCACACGUUCCAGUCAUUCUUUGACGUACCUAAACCGACUGGAGCACUUCUCGAUGCCUUGAUGGACCAUGGUGAUGCGAUCCAGAAGGGUUGCAAGUCCACUUUGACUGACGCCAUGGGAAAGCCGGCAUGUACACCUCCUCCUCAGUCUGACUGGUGUGCCUUUACAAAAUCCGCACCUUCCAGCCUUUUGACUGUGUGCUCGUCUUAUGGCGGCACUGAUUCAUCAUGGUGGGCGGAACAUAGCUCUGAAGCUGUAGAGUACGCUGAGUAUUGUCCGAACCAAUGGUUCAGGGCCAUGACUUCCUUACCUUACGGUGCGGUCUGGUUAAAUGACACGAUUGCUUUUGCUAGUUGUUAUGCUGCCGCGCACGCUGCAGACAAGCCGAGUGAGAGUACUGUAUCAACUACGACUGUUGACCUCACGUCAACUUAUACGGGAACUGGUGCUGCUGCUUCAGCGACAGAGAGCGUGAACAUUGUUGGUGGAAAGCAGGAUGACAGGGGUGUAAGGGUAGCUAGAAUAGAACUAGCUGGUGCUGCUAUUAAUGCGCUUCUAUCCUGA